GAGCAUAACCUGCCUAAGGAUCAUAUUAUUGGAGAUAUCAGUUCGUUAAAUUUCGCUUCCAAACUUUUGAAUUUUUCACCGAAGCGAAAAGAAGGAUCCCAUCCGACACCGGCUAACAGUAUCUGUCUUGUUUCAGCAAUUGCAUCCGUAGGUACUAAAGUAUUAUCCACAGCAGAUUAAAGAUGGGCAACCCACGUGUGUUCUUUGAUAUAAGCAUAGGUGGCGUUGUUGUUGGCCGUGUGGUGUUUGAGCUAUAUAAGGAUAAAGUACCUAAAACAGCCGAGAACUUUAGAGCUCUCUGCACUGGAGAAAAAGGGUCGACCAAGGGCGGUAAACCCCUCCAUUUCAAGGGAUGCGUGUUCCAUAGAAUUAUCAAGGACUUCAUGAUCCAAGGUGGAGACUUCACUAAGGGCGAUGGAACUGGAGGAGAAAGCAUCUACGGAGAGACAUUCAAGGAUGAAAACUUUACCCUGAUGCACGAAAAACCAGGACUACUAAGCAUGGCUAACUGUGGACCCAACACCAAUGGUUCCCAGUUUUUCAUUACAACCGUUGUCACAGGCUGGUUGGACAAGAAACAUGUGGUGUUUGGCCAAGUGGUGGAGGGGAUGGAAUUUGUCAAGCAGCUGGAGAAUGUUAAGGUGGACAGAGGUGAUGCUCCUUUAAAGAAAUGUCUGAUUCAGGAUUGUGGAGAGCUGUGAUGGGGUUAAUGCCAACUAAGGAAGAACAAUGGCGGUUCUGAUGUUGUAUGGAGCAGAAUGAGGUGCAUUCAAGUUUACCUUGAGCUCGAAGUAGAAUCACAACUCAUAUUUUUAAUAACACACUCACUGACCUAUUUUUUUGUUUUUUAUACAAGCACUUAUUAUUUUGUUCUUCAUUGAAAGUAAAUUAGCUCAAACCUG